AUGCUGAAUAGUAUUAAGACCAAUAACGUGUCUGAUCUCUCGUUCACAUUCCCUGUCAGGGCAGUUUACGCUGCAAACAGUACAGCAAAUUUGACAACAUUGUUAGAAGGAGUUUCUGGUUCUACGCUCACCAUCUGGUCAGGGGAAGAUGAUAAGGUCAACGUAACGAAUUUAAGAAGUUUGCUGGAAAAAGUUAAGUUAAGCAAGACUUAUAUUGAUGUUCCUGAGGCGCUUUUGAACGAAAUCCACUUGGAUACUAUAAGUUCAGCAAGCCUGAGCAGUCUUAGCUGGGUGACUAUGGGAGUGAUGCUUCUGUUUACUUUUAUUUUCAGAUUGUAA